CGAUUGGAUGUUUGGAGGUUCCACCCCACCCAGCAAAUGGCGGGAGAUAUCCACGGGAACACACAUGGGAUGUAAACAGUGACAGUCGGCUGUCUCAAAAGCUGUCUGCUGUUGUAUUUAUGUGACACGGAUCUUGGUGUUUUUAUUUGUAAUGCUCGACAUUUUACAGUUGUAGAUUGUGAAAGUGGAGUCAUAGUGAAUGAGCUAAAGUUUUCUAGCCCUCAAGUUUUGUGACGUUUUACAUAAUGAGCAAGCUCAGAUCUGCUGUGCAUAAGGGCAAGAAAGUGGCCGUGGAGAACACGGGCACGGUGAAAAGAAACAAAAGACAAGUGGCUGCUGUUAAAGAAGAGCCGAUAGAAGCAAAAUCUUCCUCUUACCAUUAUUUCCAGAAUCCAGAGGAUAUUGGGUCUUUCAGGUCCAAUCUUUUGAGCUGGUAUGACCAAACCAAGAGGGAAUUGCCAUGGAGAACGGUGGCCAUGACAGAAAAGGACAUCAAUGUCAGAACAUAUGCAGUGUGGGUGUCGGAAAUCAUGCUUCAGCAAACACAAGUUGCUACGGUGAUUGACUACUAUAACAAGUGGAUGAAGAAGUGGCCCACUGUGGAGAAACUCGCUGAAGCCACACUGGAGGAGGUGAAUCAGAUGUGGGCAGGGCUUGGAUAUUACUCAAGAGGGAGAAGGCUGCACGAGGGAUCACAAAAGGUGGUUUCAGAGCUGGGAGGAGAGAUGCCCAGGACCACAGAGCAGCUCUUGAAGCAGCUGCCUGGGGUGGGACGCUACACUGCAGGGGCCAUUAGCUCCAUAGCACUCGGCCAGGUGGCUGGUGCAGUGGAUGGAAAUGUUAUCCGUGUCUUGUGUCGGGCCCGGGCCAUUGGGGCAGACAGCACAAGUCCAGCUGUCACUGAAGCACUAUGGAAGAUUGCUGAUACCCUUGUUGACCCACAAAGACCUGGAGACUUUAACCAGGCCAUGAUGGAGCUUGGAGCGCGAGUGUGCACUCCGAAAAACCCACUAUGCAAUCAAUGUCCCAUAAAGACACACUGCCAUGCCUUCAAGAAGGUCAGUGUCAAGCAAGAAAAGGAAUGCAAUACACUAAAUUGUAAAUUGAAUCCAGCGGUUAAUGGAUCUAUUCCAGAUAUUGAAAGUUGUGUGACCACAGGGCCCUGUCAACUCUGCUUGUCUGAGUCGUGGGACAGUCAGCUGGGAGUGCAGAACUACCCGAGGAAGCCCAGCAAGAAAGCUGCCCGCGUGGAGCGCACUCUGGUCUGUGUGCUGGAGCGGGAGAAAGUAGGAGAUGAGCGAGAGUACCUCCUCACACAGAGGCCUAGUAAAGGGUUGUUGGCUGGGAUGUGGGAGCUGCCAGGCGUGCUUGAGGAGGAGGGAAGUUCAGAAAUUAAAUGUAAAAAGAGUCUGUGCGCAGAGGUAGGGAAGCUGCUGGGAGUUCUACUGGACAGAGAGCCUCUGGAGUUUGUGGGGGAGGUCGUCCAUAUUUUUUCACAUAUCCACCAAACAUAUGUUGUGUAUAGUAUGGUGUGUCCAGCUCAUAAAAAUGAAGAGAAGCCAACCAUUCGCUGGAUCACCAGAUCUGCCUUGCAAGAAGCUGCUGUUUCAACAGGAGUGAAAAAGAUUAUGAAGCUGUAUGAGUCUAAGAAAAGUCCUAAAGGAGACAGUACUACCAAGGACAAUAAAAGGAAAGGCUCUGCAUCAAAAGAUGAGAAGAAACCCAAAAAAGUUAAAGAGAGUGGAGGAGGCAAGCAACUCUCUCUCACCAAGUUCUUCACUCCCUCAAAAACAAACUAAUAAAUGUAAACACUAUUCCUGAUGGCCAACUGAUCAUAGACAGAAAGUGCAAAGUUGAAAAUGGACUAAUGUUUCACUGAUGUUCCUGGCCUAUGCAUUGCUGUGAUAGUCUACACCUUAUCUGCAAAGAUCAUGAAAAAAUGAAACGUGGUUCACCAUUCUCUUAAGAGAUUCAUAGGUCCAUGUACAUGUUUUUAUAUCAGAAUGUUUUUUUAUACUUCAGAGACAUUAACUCCUGGUUCAAUAUGAUAUAUAAUUAGCAAUGAAUAAAGAUUUUAUAUGAAAA